AUGGAUGGAACUUGGGUCCUUAUUUUGCUUGCUCUGGUGAUGCUGGUGGGAUCCUAUGUUGCUGGAAGUAUACCUUUGAACGUGACCAUGUCUGAGGACAAGCUUCAAAAAGUAACAGUUUUUGGAGCCGGCCUCCUUGUGGGCACAGCUCUGGCCGUGAUCAUACCCGAAGGUGUCCGUUCCUUGUUCAGUGAACGAUCACAUCCGACAGUAGUCACGAAGGACUUUACAGCCGAGCCGCCGAGCCAUGACGACGACUUACAUUCCGUUAUUGGAAUAUCACUUGUACUCGGUUUUGUGUUCAUGUUGCUGGUGGACCAGAUGUCUGCAAGGUAUAAUGAUCAGAGUAACCCGGUGGAGAAGAAUGUCACCGCCACUGUCGGGCUCGUGGUCCACGCUGCUGCCGACGGUAUAGCUUUAGGUGCGGCCGCGACGACGUCUCACGCUGACGUGGAACUUAUAGUGUUCCUUGCUAUCAUGCUGCAUAAGGCGCCUGCGGCAUUCGGUUUGGUCACGUUCUUACUGCACGCUGGACUUGAGAGGAAUAGAAUUCGUAGACAUCUGCUGAUAUUCUCGUGCGCAGCUCCGCUACUAGCUCUGCUUACCUACUUCGGUAUUGGAAAUGAGAGCAAACAGACGCUUAGCGAUUUCAACGCCACUGGUAUAGCAAUGUUAUUCUCAGCUGGUACAUUCCUAUACGUGGCUACAGUCCACGUAUUGCCCGAACUUACUCACCCCCAAUCACACACACACACGCUUCUACCAAUGCAGGAGGGGGUAGCCCCCAAAAAGGGUUUCGGGGGCCUCCUACUCUCAGAGAUGAUCAUUCUAACCGUAGGUGCGCUAAUGCCCCUACUUUUAACAAUGGGUCACAAGCAUUGA